AGUUUUUUUUCUCUUAAAAUGAAAGUGAAAGUAAACCUGCAACUGAACAACUCGGUGUGGGUCUCCAGCUGCGAGGAGAUAUUUGUACCGAUAAAUCACCAUGGGUCUGAUCCUAAAGAUACUCAUUUACUCGUACCUGUGUGCAGGUGUGCAGUGUGUCCAUCAGAUGCCAUGGCUGCCCUGUAAGUUCACUGAUGAACAUGUGUUUUCCAAUAAAGAGGGUCACAUUGAGACUGAGCUCAUCCACAGAGAGGCCAUGCUGCAGUUUGGUCAAAAAGGAGACGCUCCUGUUAACCCACAAGCCAUUACUUUCCUAGUCACCGGAUCUAAGGUGGACCUGCGGCGGUACGUAGAGGGAGUGGAAGCAGAGCAUCUGGAGUGUGAGCUGCGCAGGUACAGUACAGAAGGCAUUCAUGUCCGCUGGCCGGUCCAGGGGCCCAGUGAGUACAACCGCUGGUUCAGCUGCACCCUCAAACACAGCAAGGGCCUGUCCACUGUCAUCGGGUUCCUCAGACACCCAUCUGACCAACCCCCUUCAGGGAAGCAGGACUACCGGAGCUGGCCUGCUAUCGCGGACAGAGAGAUACUCACCACAUCAGUUGUCAUGGUCAUGAAAACACAAUCUCCAUCGGUGAAAGCAGCCCUGGGGUCCCAACAAAAGCUCCACUGCCAGUUUGCUAUUGACCACAAAGGGCCCAACAUGACUGUGGAGUGGUACUGGCAGCAUCGUGGAGAGAGAAACAGACUCUUCAGCCAUACCAGCCGGUCAGGGCAGACCCACGGGACCGGCGUUGGGCUGAAGAGCCUCGCUGGCGGAGACGCUUCCUAUACCGUCCCCUUCACCAAGAUGAGCAGUGAAGGGACGUACAUUUGUUCGGUGUCAGUGAUGCCUUUGUUCUCCAGUCUGGACAUAACUCUGCAUAUCGAAGAGGCUCCCCGUGUCUCCCUCAACAUUGGACCCACUCUCUCGCUGCAGGAGGGCGGAGAGCAGAAGGUUGUCUGUGAUGUGGAGAGUUACUACCCUCUGGAUGUGGACAUAGUUUGGUAUGAGCAGGACCCAGCGUUAGCAGGCCAGAGGGUGGGCGCUCCACUCCCCAAGGUGCUCGAUAACAUCCUGUUGUCCAGCCACAGACACAACCAGGACAAGACCUACUCGCUGUCGGCUUUCUUCUACCUCCAGGCUUCGCUCAGGGACUCAGGCAAACAGUUUACAUGCAGCGUCUCCCAUAAGUCACUAAGAGUGCCCAUCAAGAAGAGCUUCAUCCUCACUGUUGAAGAGCCGAGCAGCUGGAUGUUCACCCUCACUGUUGGCAUCAUUGUGCUCGUGCUGCUGGUCAUCCUGUAUGUGAUGCUGUCCUUCCUGCACCAAGCAAGAAAACAGUCAGUGCAGAAGAAACCAUACUGAGCAGCCUUGGAAGCAGAGCAGAUCAGCUGAAAGCACCAGUGAAGAGUCUCACUCCAUCUCCCUUGCUCAUUUUUUAUUUUAGAAUGUCUCAGAUGUUUGAUUUCGGUUCGGGGUUUAUUUACAAUGAAUUUGGGUUUCUGUGAAACUGAAUGUGGCUUCCAUUUUGCUUUGAUUUUGCUCAGGCUAAAAACUUGAUGUUGAAGUAAAUGAUUGGUCUCCUAGGCCAGUGGUUCUCGACCCAGGGACCGGGGACACCAAUGGGUCCUUGAAGGUGUUUCAGGAGGACCCCAGAAAAACAGGGAAUAUUUUAAUUUCACUAUUAUUUCACUGACUAGAGGUUAGCGCAGGGUAAAGCAACCUGUGGCUCUAUAGGCCCCUCUGCAGUGGCUCCGUGUGGGCCUAAAGUGAUUUUUACCAAGUUGUAAUUUAUCCAUUAUACACAGAAUUUUAGAAAAUGUUUUAACGUUUCAUGAAUAAUUUAUGCAUCAAACGUUACGUGACCUGACCUAUUUUUAUAAACCUCAAUAGCGGUGGCUACUCUUCUCUCUUGCUAGGUUAGCUAUGAAUUCCAAAUCCAAAAAAGAAAAGAAAGAAUUUAAUAGUGCAUGGACAGUUUAGUUUGCUGCUGGCUUACUGAUCUGCGGCAAGAAAUUAGAAUUAUAAGGCUCUAAUAUGUUUUUUAAAAUGUUUUAUUAUAAAAUGUCUGCAGCCCAAUGAGUGUAUAAGAAUGACUGUUUAUAGGUUUCACACUCUUCAACUGGCCAAUGUACAGUAGAGACAGUUAUAGAAGAACUAAGUCUUAUCAGACGGAGGUGUGUGAGACUAUAUCUUAUCAACAUUUUAAUGAGGAAGCGAAUAUAUUCAACACAUUUGUUUGACCUCAAGGACACAAACAGUGUGUUUUAGUGAGAAACACUGAAUGUAACAAGAAUUGUUGUUUAUUUAUAAGAAAACUCCACAGGUUGUCUUUAAUGAAAUGUAGCUGCAGCGAGCCUUUAAUGUGAGACAAACAGCUGGUUUAUUGUUCAACAAUGUAAUAAUAAGGUUAAUAACCAUAACCACUGAAGUAUAAUACACCCACCAGCUAUUGAAUGAAUGGGUUAAAAUUCAUAUUUAAAUAAUUAACUUUGGUACCUUUUAUUGUUAUUAUUAUCUUGCAAUGAUUUGAAAACAUAUUAUAUUGUCGGUUGCUACAUCAUUUUUGCCAACAUGAUUGAACAUUAAAGGUUCUUGGAGUAAGAAA